GCCAGCCCGGCGCGCCCCGCAGCCCCCGCUCUCCCCACGACCGCCCGGAGCUAUCCGCGGCUCCUUCUCCGGCGGCCGCCGCGGGGUUUGUGGCCCCCGCCGAGAACAGCAUCGAGAUGACUCAGGAGACAAACCAGACCCCAGGGCCUAUGCUGUGUAGUACAGGAUGUGGAUUUUAUGGAAAUCCUAGGACAAAUGGGAUGUGUUCUGUUUGCUACAAAGAACAUCUUCAGCGACAGCAGAAUAGUGGUAGAAUCAGCCCAAUGGGAACAACCAGUGGUCCAAACAGUCCUACCUCAGACUCUGCAUCUGUACAGAGAGCAGACACUAGCUUAAACAACUGUGAAGGUGCUGCUGGCAGCACAUCUGAAAAAACAAGAAACGUGCCUGUUGCUGCUUUGCCUGUAACACAGCAAAUGACAGAAAUGAGUAUUUCAAGAGAAGAAGAAUUGACACCAAAAACAGAGACUGAGCCAGUUGUUACUCAACCAAGUCCAUCAGUUUCUCAGCCUGGUACUUCAGAAAGUGAAGAGAGAGCUGCUGAACUGCCGAAACCAAAGAAGAACAGAUGUUUCAUGUGCAGGAAGAAGGUUGGCCUUACAGGAUUUGACUGCCGAUGUGGAAACCUAUUUUGUGGACUUCACCGUUAUUCUGACAAGCAUAAUUGCCCAUAUGAUUAUAAAGCAGAAGCUGCAGCAAAAAUCAGAAAAGAGAAUCCAGUCGUGGUGGCUGAAAAAAUUCAGAGAAUAUAAAUUAAUCUGCUUGUGAAAAGACUGACUGACUCUUUGUGGGGCUUUUUUUUUCAAUACAUCCUAAAAACAUGAAAAGAGCAGGUGCAUGGUCAUUUUCCUUUGUUUUCCAGAGUUAUACUUCUAGUCCUGUCUGUCUAAACAAUACUUCAGAUGUUUGGGUGUUUGAUACAGGCAGAAUUGGAUAGAUACAGCCAUUGAAAAUAUAUAUAUGCCCUCCCCAGAAUAGAUGGAUGAUCAGAACCCUGCACA